AUGGGUGUUCAAGGGGUCUCCGACACCAAGGCUGUCAGCACGUCAAUUGACUCGUUGAGAGCUGCAAUUCCCAAGCACUGCUUCCAGAAGUCGACAUCGACUUCAAUGAGCUACAUUGUACGAGACAUUGCUCUUGUCUGCACUGUGUUCUACAUGGGCACACAAAUCCAAUACGCACCCACCUUCGCUUUGAGAUGCGCCCUCUGGGCACUUUACAGUGUCUUCCAGGGAUUCGUGUUUGUCGGCAUCUGGAUUCUGGCUCACGAGUGCGGCCACCAAGCCAUGUUUGAUAACGGCACCGUCAACGACACUUUCGGUCUUAUCAUGCACAGUUUCUUGGGUGUCCCAUACUUCUCUUGGAAAUACAGCCAUGCCAGACAUCACAGAUACACCAACCACAUGGAGAAGGAUACUGCUUUUGUGCCCGCCCAGAAGGAUGGCAACCAUCUCAUGGCUAAGGUCCAGGACAAGGUCAAGCACGUUUUCCACAUGACUGAGGAUGCUCCCAUCGUGAGCUUGAUCUUCCUUAUUGGACAUCAACUGAUCGGAUGGCAAACUUACAUGCUCUGCUAUGCCUCUUCUGGCUACAAGAGUUUGGCACUUUCCAAGGACCCCCGCACUACUUCCAACCUCAGCCACUACUCACCCACAUCUCCAAUUUACCUUCCCUCUCAGCGUCUUGCCAUUCUCGUUUCUGAUCUUGGCCUUCUGGCUGUUGGUUACGGUCUUUACUAUGCCACACAGGUCAUGGGUCUGACCCAGGUGGCCCUGCUAUACGGUCUUCCUUACCUCUGGGUUAACCACUGGCUGGUUGCCAUCACUUACCUUCACCACAACCACGGUGACGCCGAACACUUUGAGCAAGGAACCUGGACUUUCGAGAAGGGCGCUCUGGCCACUGUCGACAGAGACUUUGGUUUCGUCGGCCGUGAGCUGUUCCACGGUAUCAUUGAAUUCCACGUUGUCCACCACCUUUUCCCUCGCAUUCCAUUCUACCACGCUGAGGAGGCUACUGGUGCCAUCCAGCCUAUGCUUGGAAAGAAGUACAUCCGCGACAACACCUCGUUCCUCAAGGCUCUUUGGAAGACCUUCACCAGCCAUCACUACGUUGUAGAGCACGAGACAAAGCCCGGUGUUCUUGUCUGGGCCAAGUAG